CACGCCUCCCGGGGUCCCGGGGACGCGCUGCGGCAGAGGAACAGCUCGGUGCGCGCCGGACGCCUGCGACGCCAGUCCCGGGGGCAAGAGCAUCAGUUUCAAUCUGGGAAGCCUUUAAAUGAAACUUGCUUAAAGUCUUAGGUCCUACACAAAGGAGAGACCUCAACCAACAUUAAGGUGGAAAAGAGUGAUGUUGUCCUUGACAAACCUGCAGAAUAUCAUCUAUAACCCGGUAAUCCCCUAUGUUGGAACCAUUCCUGGGCAGUUGGAGCCUGGAACUUUGAUUGUAAUACGUGGGCAUGUUCCCUGUGAUUCGGACAGGUUCCAGGUCGAUCUGCAGUGCGGGAGCAGCGUGAAGCCGCGUGCCGACGUGGCCUUUCAUUUCAAUCCACGCUUCAAGUGGUCUGACUGCAUCGUGUGCAAUACUCUGAAAAAUGAAAAAUGGGGAUGGGAAGAGAUCACCUACGAUGUGCCUUUCAAAAAAGAAAAAUCUUUUGAAAUUGUGAUUAUGGUGUUGAAAGAUAAAUUCCAGGUGGCUGUAAAUGGGAAACACAUACUGCUCUAUGCCCACAGGAUUAGCCCAGGGAAAGUAGACACUCUGGGCAUUUAUGGCAAAGUGAAUAUCCACUCAGUUGGUUAUAGCUUCAGCUCGGAUUUCAGAAGUACCCAAGCAUCUACUCUGGAACUGACAGAGAUAAGUAAAGAAAAUGUACUGAAGUCCGACACGCCACAUUAUACUCUGCCGUUCACUGCGAGGCUGAACUCCUCAAUGGGCCCUGGACGAACCGUCUUCAUUAAAGGAGAAGUGAAUAAAACUGCCAAAGGCUUUAAUGUUAACCUCGUAUCGGGAAAAUCAAAGGAUAUUGCUCUUCACUUGAACCCACGCCUCAAUAUUAAAGCAUUUGUAAGAAACUCUUUUCUUCACGAGGCCUGGGGAGAAGAAGAGAGAAAUAUUACCUGUUUCCCAUUUAGUCCUGGGAUGUACUUUGAGAUGAUAAUUUAUUGUGAUGCUAGAGAAUUCAAGGUUGCGGUAAAUGGUGUACACAGCCUGGAGUACAAACACAGAUUUAAAGAGCUUAGCGAUAUCGACACACUGGAAAUUGAUGGAGAUAUUCACUUACUGGAAGUAAGGAGCUGGUAGCUGAUAUGCUUGCUACAAAAACUGAAAUACAAAAUGACUUAUGUAACACUGGCCUUGUUAAAAUGCAUCUGUUAUAUUUGUAUAUAUAUAUAUUAAGAUGAGCUUGUAUAACGUGAAGUCCUACUAGGCGUUCUCAGUCCUUGCCACACAUUGUGGCUUUGUCUAGCACAGAAUAAGGAAAUUUGAGGCAACAGCAAUGUAGUCAUUAUUCAGGUCUUUCUAUUCUCUCUCCCACCCUGGCCUCUUCUUUUUUAAAUCUUCACAUUCAAUAAGUAUCUGUUGGUACAGAAGCUGACAUAUAGGGAGUACUUAUUUUCUGUCAGCACUGUGUGGGGCCAGAAGUAUACAGUGGAGCGCAAUAUUCCCUGUUUUCAGGCUCAGAAUCUUCUGUGCUCUGACAUCAUGCCAUUGCUUUUCCCACAGGCAUUAGUCACAUAAAGUAACCAGAGAUAAUUACUCAGCUAUGAAGUCACCUACAUAAACUAACUUCUGAAACUCUACUUCUCCAGCGAUCACUUUCAUACCUAAAGUUCAAUCACAUCCCAUAAUGGAAAGGACUGAUGUUGCCUUCCAUCUCACAGUUUCCUUUGGCAUGACAAAUACCUAGCUUUACUAGCUGUAAGCAUUGCCAAAUAAUUUAACACUACAAAAUCUGGACACGGCACAAAGAUUAAGGCAAAAAAUGCAGCAAAACAAAACCAAUCAUAUGAAAAUUAACUUGAUGUCAGUCUCAAGGCCAAUGAUGUCUCUGUCAGUAAAUGCUUAGUGUACCUGAAUUCAGGAUGAGUCCAAGGUCUGCACAUACCCCAACAGAAAAUUUAAGGGACAGGACUUUAGCAAAACAAAGUCAAGAUUAGAUAUCAUGACUGUUGAUAAAAUAGGCACUAUCAGAAGGUAAAAUACACAGAGACCAUUGGGGCAGAGAGGGGGUGUAACAAUCUUGCUUGUCCCUAAGCAAACGAAUCCUGCCUUUUUUCUGCUCUAAAGCUUAGUCCCUCAUCAUUAGCGACAGAGAUCAAAACACUGUUCCACUAUAAGUGAUUAAAAUCAGACUUGUAUCAGCAGGUUAAAUUAUUGCAUUUCUGUAAUUUUUUCUAUUCUUUGAAGUGAGUUGGCAGAAGUUCUUUGUACAGUUCUUACAGGUCAGAUCUUGUUACAGGAAAUUUCAAAGGCUUGGGAGUAAGGAGGUAAAAAAGUUGAAUCAGUUUGAUCAUUUUAUCAUGUUAAGUUCCUGGGCUGAAUAUGCUGCCAGCAUUUAGAAAUAUUUUCGUUACAGGUUUUGGUUAGAAAUUAUUUGUACCCAUAUACCAAAAAGACUAAAACUAGCAAUCUGAUUUUUUUUUAGAGGUACUCAGGGUAGAAGUUUCUGACACUUAAUUCUUUUCUAUUCAUGUUAAUUAUGUUGCCUCUUGUCAAACUUUCACUGCGAAAGUUGUAGAAGGAAUCCCCCAGGGUUUUGUUUUUCCCCCUUUAAAAAGAACAUCAGAGGGCAUGACUAAGAAAGACAUGCAGACUGUAGGCCAUUUAGAG